AUGGCAUCCGUUCUAUCGGCACAGGAAUUUGGCGACGGGCUGCCCGUACUGAUCAUCCACGGAUGGCAGACGGACGGCAGAGUUGAGCAGCGCGACUUCGAGCCCAUCUUCCAGAAAACACCAGGACUUCGCCGAAUUUACGUCGACCUCCCGGGCAUGGGAAACACGCCUGCGAACAAUGUCAAAGACCUAGACGAUGUGUACCACCGCCUGGUACAAUUAGUUGAUGCUCGACUUGGAGAAUCACGAUUCUUACUUGUCGGCUCCUCCUGUGGCGGCUAUCUUGCACGGGCAGUAGCUCAGAGAUAUAACAGCCAAGUCGACGGCCUACUCUUACGCGUGCCGCUCAUGGAGCCAGAGGACAGCAGGCGUGAUCUCGACCCUUUCAAGCCUCUAGUCCCGAACGAGCAACUCAUGUCUGCCCUGUCGGCGGGAGACAGGACAAGCCUUGGGAACGUUCCCAUUCAAACACCUGCCUAUAUUGAGACGUUAAAGACGAAAUACGCAGAGGUAUACAACCCAGCGGUGGAGGCAUCAGACGAUACGGUCCUCGAUCCAAUCCGACAAGAUCCACGCCGGUAUCAGUUAUCUUUUUCCCUGGAUAAUGAAGACUGCAAGUUCUUUGCACCCACGCUGGUUGUAUGUGGGCGGCACGACGAGAGCGUGGGUUAUCGAGACAGUCUUCGCUUGCUGGAGCUCUAUCCACGAUCCACCUUUGCUGUCCUAGACCGUGGUACGCAUGGUCUUCCUAUUGACGAGACUGGCGUUUUUGAAGUCCUUGUGCGUGAUUGGAUAACCAGGGUUGAGGAAUGGAGAAGUUGA